AUGGCCACAACUACGAGCGCCGCAAUAAAAAUGGACCCAAUGCGUGUGACGCUGGCGGAUAUUCAAAGAGGUAUUACAGUAAGUAAGCAGCUGGAUAACUUCAAAGCCUUUCCGACAACACUACACUGCGGUCGCUCCUUGGUGGGCUCGCCCAAACAACAGCCGCAACACAUUAAAGUAACACUUCGGAAGACCAAUGAAAUACUGCUCUACGAACAGCGCAGCCUGACCGUCUUGGCCGACACAGACGAAGGCAAGGCAGUCGCAGCGGACAAUGAGCGCUACGAGUAUUUAACCUCCGCGCAGGGCAGACGACGUCGUACCAUCAGCGCAGAGGCGCAAACUGCCGGCGUGCUCUAUAAAAGUCGCGAUGUGAAUACCGAACACAUACGCACGGAUAAUAUCGCCUCUUAUGUGUCGAACUUUGAGAUGUUCGACACGUACAAGGACCUGCAGACAACAACGAAAAGUGUUGCCAUUGAUGAGCACAAGAAAAUGGAGAUCACCACUUACAAAGUGGAGGGCAAAGAUACAUUUAUCGAUAUUAAUCGACAGGCGAGUUUCCGUUUGGCGCUCAUGUUGACCAUGCGCGUCUUAGCUGGCAAUGUUUUCGAGCAACAACAACGACGCUUUCGUAAUAUGCGUCUGCCAGAUCCGCUGGCAGCGGAGGUGCGCUACCGUUAUCGUGCUGAAUUGCUUUGGCGUUUUGAAUUGCCACAGGCACUGGCCGGCAACAUGAAGAAAGCGGUCGCUGAUCUCAGCUGGUGUCCACGCAACGGCGAUAUACUUGCUGUGGCUUACGGUGUCUACAACUUUCGGGAUGACAAUGCAAAUUCAGAUGGCUGUGUUUGUAUUUGGUCCAUUAAAAAUCCCGUCAAUCCGGAGAGAUACUACAAAUAUCAAUUACCCGUUAUGACGGUCGAGUUCUCGCUGCACAGUCCACAAUUAUUGGCUAUCGGCUUAUCGGAUGGCACCAUCGAGGUGCUGGAUAUAACGAAACUUGAAUCCGCCGCCAUUGCAGUGACCGAUCGUCGCACCUUGCACAACUGUGAACCGAUUGUCGCCAUAAAAUGGAUCUCACGUAGCGAAUUGGUAGGCGCCCGGUACACCAUUGAACCGUUUUUAGCGCUGUCACGUGACGGGUCUGUAACCAAGUACAGCAUUAUUAAUAGUCCACAAUUGCUGGCGAAUAAGCUGCUUUUGUUGAAUCGCAUUGAAGCGCAGCCGGAAGGUAUACGAGUGGAGCGUAGCUAUGAGCUGCUGCAGGCCAAUCGUCAUCCGCAGGGUUUAAAUCUCUGCUUGAGUCCCACACAGGAUGAUUUGUAUUAUGUGCUCACAGAGGAGGGUUGCCUAUACAAGUGCUCAACUCAUUAUCCGCAACAGUAUUUAACGGUACUGCAAGUGCAGGAGGCAGGUGCGAACGCAAUGGAUUUCUCACCAUGGUCGCCGAAGCUCUCUUUGACCUGCGGCAAUGAUUGGUGA